CGCAUUUGAUCGCACAUCUCAACAAUGAGUGGAGAGACCAUGAAGCAAGCGUGGGGCUACCAACGCGCUGUGUGGGAUCACGCCAGGGAGCGGGUACUGCUUGACGUGUUUGAGAAGACCCGUCGAGACCCAAAGCUGCGUACAGACCGAGGACUCAAGUCCCGGGGCUGGGACCUUGUUGCCGAACAGGUUAACGAUCGUUGCAAGAGCACCUUCAACGUUGGUACGAUCCGCUAACAGUAAAUCCCAAUGAAGAAAUAUAAACAUGCCAUGGCUCACACUAAUGGCUAUGCUGCAGACCAGCUGAAGUCCAAGUAUGCACGUCUUAUGAUGGACUACGAGCUGUUCAAGGACGUGGGCGGAGAGCGCAACUUAAGCGAAGAAAUCUGGGACCAACUGAUCGUGGACAUGCCUGACAGCGCCGCUCGACUGAGUAUAUUCAAGAAGUCUGGAUUUCCACACUGCGAUGUUUGCCGUCGUAUUGCUAUCGAGAGGGACGAAGGAAUUCCCACUGUGAAGCGACCGAUUGGAACGAUUGCAGAGUUGCCCGAUACUAAGAGACGCCAGUUGGUUCACUCGGGUGCUCGAAAGUCGAGUCGACUCUUUACGUGGGGCCCGCGCGAGGAGAAACUGGUGCUGUUUUUGUGCUGGAAGGCCAAGGUGAAGCGAGAGAAGACCAAGGACAACGACGAAGUUACCAAACCUAAACAAGUGUUCCUUGAUGCUACGAAUGAGCUCAACCUGCUUUGCAAGACUAAUUUUACUGAGGACCAGUUUAAGGGCAAGUACUUGGAGCUGAUGCAUGGCUACGAACAAUUUAACAAAGUGACAGGCUUCUCCGGUGACCUUGACACGGUCCCUAACAGCGAUGCAGACUGGGACAAGCUCAUUCAAGAGCAUCCAGAGAGUUCGCAAGAGCUUCAGCAGUUAAAGAGCAAAGGAGGCUUUCCAUACGUCGAGCUGUGCAGUCUGAUCGCAGGAGACAAGUCGAGUGAUGGAAUGGAGCCUGCAAGUGCCAAUGAAUUUCUGGUGACGGGAGCGCUCAAGCGAUCGGAAGUUGGAAACGAACUCAACACGGAGUCUGUCAACGCUGUGGCUGCCGCCCAGGCCACGUUGUCGGCCAACACUCUCUCGCAACUGCUACCAGCUACGGCAACGACGUUGCCUACUGGGCAGCAUGACCCAGCAGCGGCUGCGAUGCCGGCUUUCAUGACGCAAGAGUUGCACGACAACCUCAAUAUGUUCCUGAAAACGGCCACGGCGUAUCUCGUCAUGGCCAUCAACGAUCACAACCAGGAGAGCAACAAGUGAGUUCGCACAGCGCCACUUCAACUUGUGUCUGUUUUUAGUGCUUUUUGCACAUAGUUUUGCUGUAAUGGGAGUGAAUGCUACUUUUUUUCUUUUUAUCUAAAUGAUAAAUAGCAU